AAAAUGUUUAUAUAUUCCGUCAUCUCAUAAUAUGGGUCCGAAAUUUAAGAGUCUUCCGUAUCCUCUCAUCUCUCUCCGGUGCCAUGGAAUCUGGUAUUGUCCGAUGUAUUAAUUCUCUCCGGUUCUGAAAUCAUUUUCGUGUAAAUGAGAAAUGCAACUACCAAACCUCGGGUUGCUUCCUUCUCACACUUCCUCCUAUUCCUUGUUCGUUGAAGAAGCUCUUACUCAUUCUAUCACUAGUUCAAGUACUUUCUAGUCGCUGACUACACCUUCCCAUAUUGCUUGUUCAAUCGUUUAGGUUUAGGUUACAUUUCGAUUGGAUCGGUUGGAACCGUCUCUCGAAGAGAAUCUCCGGUGACGUUGAAGCAAUAUUAGUUUACUAUGUUUUAGUUCGAAUUAACAAGGCGGAUAAAUAAUACCUAAAAAAAUUGAAAGAGAAUUAGAGUUGAAAAAUAUUUCUAAAGAUUAAGCGCGAUGUUGGAUCUUAACCUGAACGCCGAGUUGACUCAUAACGACGGCUCGCUGGUUCUGUUGGACAAGUUUCCCGAAGCUUCUUCGGAAACUUCGAAUUCCUCCGUCGUGAAUGCGGAGGGUUCGAGCAACGAGGACUCGUGCUCCACACGCGCCGGCGACAUGUUCACCUUCAACUUCGGAAUCCUUAAGGUGGAGGGCGUGAACGACGUCGUUGCGGCGACGCAGGAGCUGUUUCCGGUGAGCGCGGAGAAUUGGCAGGGGCAGAGUUCGACGUCGUCGUUUCAGGCUAAGACGAGUUUGAUGGAUCUCUCGGUGGAUCAUCAAAACGGCGAGGUGAAGGUUGUUCAGGUUCAGCAACAGCAGCCUCAGGUGAAGAAAAGUAGGAGAGGUCCACGCUCUCGGAGUUCUCAGUACAGAGGUGUUACCUUCUACAGGAGGACCGGAAGAUGGGAAUCGCAUAUCUGGGAUUGCGGGAAACAAGUGUAUUUAGGUGGAUUUGACACUGCUCAUGCCGCUGCUAGGGCCUAUGAUCGAGCCGCUAUUAAGUUCAGGGGACUUGAUGCUGACAUCAAUUUUAAUCUUGUUGAUUAUGAGGACGAUCUAAAACAGAUGAAGAAUCUUUCCAAAGAGGAAUUCGUGCACAUACUCCGCCGCCACAGUACAGGUUUCUCAAGGGGGAGUUCGAAAUACCGGGGAGUGACACUUCACAAAUGUGGCCGUUGGGAAGCUCGAAUGGGACAAUUCCUUGGCAAAAAGUAUAUAUAUCUUGGGCUAUUCGACAGCGAAGUAGAAGCUGCAAGGGCUUAUGACAAGGCAGCUAUCAAGUGCAAUGGAAGAGAGGCAGUGACAAACUUUGAGCCAAGUACAUAUGAGAGCGAGAUGAAACCUGCAGCAAUUAAUGAAGGUGGCAGUCACGAUCUUGACCUCAAUCUGGGCAUAGCGACCCCAGGGUACGGUCCCAAAGAAAACAGGGGGCAUCUUCAGUUCCAGCCCGUCCCUUACAACACGUAUCCCGGAAGAAGUUCGAGGAUGGAGACUACUGCUAAUUCGGUUAUUGGUGAUCCAUCUUUGAAAAGGCUGCUUGUAACUGAAGAGCGUCCUUCUGUAUGGAAUGCCGCAUAUUCCAAUUCAUUUCCCAAUCUGGGAAGAGCAGAGAGAAUUGGCAUAGACCCUUCAAAAGGAGUCCCCAACUGGGCGUGGCAAACGCAUAGUGCCACCCCAGUACCACCAUUCUCUACUGCAGCAUCAUCAGGAUUCUCAAUUUCAGCUACCUAUCCACCAACUGCCAUCUUUCCAACAAAAUCAAUGAACUCAAUUCCCCAGAGCCUCUAUUUCUCUUCAUCCAGUACACCAGGUAGCAAUGCACCUCAAUUCUAUUAUGAGGUGAAGUCCCCGCAGGCACCAUCAUAGCCUAAGCUAGUAUAAAUGGUAAAUCGCAACAGGCCUUUGCGUUUAAAACUCAACUGUACAAUUCUGUUACUGAUUGAUGUAUACUUAGAUACGACAUUUGAUUACACCUCUUGGUUAAAUCAUUAUGCACCUUCAUGUAUGAAGGAAAAAAAACUAUUUUAGAGUGCACCAAUUCUCUACGGAUUCUGUUUCCUUCAAAAUUAGUAACAGGCUGUCAAAAUUGGUGUAUUCACCUGCUAAUUUUUGUGAUUAUAUUUGCAACCCUGAAAAUGGGAUGAAACCAAAAUGUGUUGUAUUUUUCA